UAUUUUUAUUUUAAGUUCUGGGGUACAUGUGCAGAAUGUGCAGGUUUGUUACGUAGGUAAAUGUGUGCCAUGGUGGUUUAUUGCACCUAUCAACCCAUCACCUAGGUAUUAAGCUCAGCAUGCAUUAGCAGCACUCUUAACACACAAUUAAACUCACAUGUAAUGAGAUUACUUCUCAUUACUCCACACCAUAGUAGUCUGUUUUACAGAUGAGAAAACUGAGGCUCAGGGAGGUUGAGAGAUUUACCUGGAGUCAAUCAAUUGUUGAUCUGGAAGCAUCCGAUCACCAGGUCUUCUGAAAUAAUGACAGCAGCAACAAUUAACAUUAUGCUUACUAUGCCAAAUGCUAUGCUCAGCAUUUUACCUGCAUCACAAUCCCGAUUCCUUUGGGCAGUUAGGUAGGUUCCAUUUUAACCGAAUUUAGGGAGGAGGAAGCUGAGGUUCAGAGAAGUAACUUGCCCUAGGUAACCCAGGGUAGUCAGUUGGAAAGUCAAGACUCAGACCUCGAUCGGACUAACUCCAAAGAAACCCGUGCCACUCUGCCUCUCGGAAAACACUGCUUCCAGCUGCACAGUUCAAAACCCCACCCAAGGCGGCCCUGAAUCGCGGUCAGUCAGCUUCAACCCAGUCGCACUUUGUUUUGAACAAGGAUACAGAGGGCGCUGCCUGACGUUAGUCUGGGGGCUUGGGGGAGAAGAUGAGGGUCCAAGAUGGAAAUGUAAGUGCUGGGGCUGUGCCAGAGGGAGAGUGUCCGGGACCAGCGGGCGAGUCACGUGCGCGUGAAACUCGACCUAAGGGGAGGGGAAGGGAAGGGAGCCCCCGCCCCCACCUCGGGGCGCAGCUCCGGACGCGUGUAAAUACAACUAUCAACUCCGCAGAUCCACUUCAUCCAAGCCCAGCUUCGCAGACCUCUGGCGCCCGGCGGGUUCCCAGUUCCCCCGCUUCUUCCGAGGAGACAGCGGAGGCGAGGCCACCUGGCCGUCAGGCUGAAGCUCCGUGGCCGCCGGGUCCCGCGCGCAAGAGAAGACCCCAGCGCGGGCGCGGCUCAAGGCUGGGCCCGCGGGACUCCGGACGCGCGGCGAAAGCAUUGCGCUCCGGGAGGAGUCCGCUGUUGCUGGCUGCUCAUUUGCUGGUGACCGGAGGCUCGCGGCCAGCAUGGCCCCCACGCUGCAACAGGCGUACCGGAGGCGCUGGUGGAUGGCCUGCACGGCUGUGCUGGAGAACCUCUUCUUCUCUGCUGUACUCCUGGGCUGGGGCUCCCUGCUGAUCAUGCUGAAGAACGAGGGCUUCUAUUCCAGCAUGUGCCCAGCUGAGAAUAGCACCAACACCACCCAGGAUGAGCAGCGCAGGUGGCCGGGCUGUGACCGGCAGGACGAGAUGCUCAACCUGGGCUUCACCAUCGGUUCCUUUGUGCUCAGCGCCACCACCCUGCCACUGGGGAUCCUCAUGGACUGCUUUGGCCCCCGACCCGUGCGGCUGGUUGGCAGUGCCUGCUUCGCUGCAUCCUGCACCCUCAUGGCUCUGGCCUCCCGGGACGUGGAAGUUCUGUCUCCGUUGAUAUUCCUGGCGCUGUCCCUGAAUGGCUUUGGUGGCAUCUGCCUGACGUUCACUUCACUCACGCUGCCCAACAUGUUUGGGAACCUGCGCUCCACGUUAAUGGCCCUCAUGAUUGGCUCUUAUGCCUCUUCUGCCAUCACGUUCCCAGGAAUCAAGCUGAUCUACGAUGCCGGUGUGGCCUUCGUGGUCAUCAUGUUCACCUGGUCUGGCCUGGCCUGCCUUAUCUUUCUGAACUGCGCCCUCAACUGGCCCAUCGAAGCCUUUCCUGCCCCUGAGGAAGUCAAUUACACGAAGAAGAUCAAGCUGAGUGGGCUGGCCCUGGACCACAAGGUGACAGGUGACCGCUUCUACACCCAUGUGACCACCGUGGGCCAGAGGCUCAGCCAGAAGGCCCCCAGCCUGGAGGACAGUUCGGAUGCCUUCAUGUCAUCCCAGGAUGUUCGGGGCACCUCAGAAAACCUUCCUGAGAGGUCUGUCCCCUUCCGCAAGAGCCUCUGCUCCCCCAUUUUCCUGUGGAGCCUCCUCACCAUGGGCAUGACCCAGCUGCGGAUCAUCUUCUACAUGGCUGCCAUGAACAAGAUGCUGGAGUACCUUGUGACUGGUGGCCAGGAGCAUGAGAUGAAUGAACAGCAACAAAAGGUGGCAGAGACAGUUGGGUUCUACUCCUCCAUCUUCGGGGCCAUGCAGCUGUUGUGCCUUCUCACCUGCCCCCUCAUUGGCUACAUCAUGGACUGGCGGAUCAAGGACUGCGUGGACGCCCCAACUCAGGGCACUGUCCUUGGAGAUGCCAGGGAUGGGGUUGCUACCAAAUCCAUCAGACCACGCUACUGCAAGAUUCAAAAGCUCACCAAUGCCAUCAAUGCCUUCACCCUGACCAACCUGCUGCUUGUGGGUUUUGGCAUCACCUGUCUCAUCAACAACUUACACCUCCAGUUUGUGACCUUUGUCCUGCACACCAUUGUUCGAGGUUUCUUCCACUCCGCCUGUGGGAGUCUCUAUGCUGCAGUGUUCCCAUCCAACCACUUUGGGACACUGACAGGCCUGCAGUCCCUCAUCAGUGCUGUGUUCGCCUUGCUUCAGCAGCCACUUUUCAUGGCGAUGGUGGGACCCCUGAAAGGAGAGCCCUUCUGGGUGAAUCUGGGCCUCCUGCUAUUCUCACUCCUGGGAUUCCUGUUGCCUUCCUACCUCUUCUAUUACCGUGCCCGGCUCCAGAAGGAGUACACUGCCAACGGGAUGCGCCCACUGAAGGUGCUUAGCAGCUCUGAGGUGACUGCAUAGACUUCUGAGACCAAGGGACCUGGAUGACAGGCAAUCAAGGCCUGAGCAACCAAAAGGAGUGCCCCAUAUGGCUUUUCUACCUGUAACAUGCACAUAGAGCCAUGGCCGUGGAUUUAUAAAUACCAAGAUAAGUUCUAUUUUUGUAAAGACUGCAAAAAGGAAAAAAAAAAAACCUUCAAAAACACCCCCCAAAGCAACGCUCCAUUGACUGAAGACAGUCCCUAUCCUAGAGGAGUUAAGCCUUCUUCCUCCUUGGGUUGGAGGAGACCAGGGUGUGGAGCUGCCUUUUAUCUCCUUCUAGGGGUCUGCCUCCUAGUACCUCUUGGGGGGAUCGGCAAACAGGCUACCCCUAAGGUCCCAUGUGCCAUGAGUGUGCACACAUGCAUGUGUCUGUGUAUGUGUGAACGUGAGAGAGACACAGCCUUCCUUUCAGAAGGAAAGGGGCCUGAGGUACCGGCUGUGUCCUGGGUUAGGGGUUGGGGGUCGGCCCCUUCCAGAGGCAGGAGGGCAGGUUCCCUCUCUGGUGCUGCUUCUUGCAAGUCUUAGAGGAAAUUAAAAGGUAAGUGAGAGACUG